AUGACCUCAACCAGAGCACUACCAGAUUGGCUAGGCUGCAAUCCUCACCCAACAGAGCUCGAGCUCCUAGACCAUACCCUUAUCUUCGACGUUAUCCAUGCUGUCGCUCACACGAGGCUUUUGACCGUGGUGCUACCUGGCAGAAAACAACAUAUACAAUUCCUUUCCUCCAAUUUCUCGGGUGGUUCCCAUAUCUAUAUAAAAAUAACCAAAACACAUCCACUGUCACCGAAGCGGUUAAGCAGCCGCUAUCUGCUUCAGCUUUGCGUGAGGUCCCUCAGUCGCCUUCGCCUCUUCGAGGACGAUUCUAAACCCAAUCUGGAAUCUACCUCUGACAAUUCGAAGAAGAGGAGCGCUGCGCUUCCUGAUAGCCACGACGAGUCUGAUCUGUUCGCACCAUCGUUACGUCAUGGUACGACCCUAAAGAAGCAACGUCUGGAGUCUUCCGCUCCUAAGCAAAGGGCAGUGUCAAGAGCCAAAGUCGCGCUGAAUUCAGACAACAAAGCUCGCCCUGAGCCUCGAGGCCAGCCAGAAGUGUGGGCAGAGAUGCGACGAGCAUUAUGCGAGUCGCUAACCUACUACCAGGCAUACCAGUCAGGUGCCUACACUUGGGGAAGCUCAAAUGGGUCGGCUGGUUAUGCGUACGGCUUUCUCUUAGAUAACGAUAAUGACGAGUAUGGCUACAGGGACGAGAAAGUCGUGAUUACCAGACUCGGCGGAUGGGUGAAGAGUACAUGGAAGGGUCUCAGAGCACGUGGACGCACGUCGGCUCACCGCACGGAGAUCCUUCAACCGCAAUCAUUCCGCACUGGCUUUCUGAAUGAACACAUCCUCUUCGGCCUAAUCGGUCCUCUGAAUGCCGACGAUGACAACUUCAUCACACGCUGGAUGGUCGAGCACGGCUGGAAACUCAAGAUCCAAUACUCGGAGGACGCCUGCAUCGAAACCACGCUGGGGGAAUACCCUAAAUACCUCUUUCAAUGCAUGAGGUGGGCCCGCACGACCUGGCGCAGCAACCCUCUCAGCCUCCUAUCGCGUCGAACCUGGACCACGCAGCCAUGGAGCAUCUACGCCGUCUACCUCACCUCCUUUGUCAACUUCGCCCUCUUCUACGACGCAGCUCUCCUCUCCACACCCUGGAUUUAUCUCAACACCCAAAGAAUCAGCCGCUCCGUUGAGCCCUUCACCGCGAUAUUGACCCUCUGCUUUUGGAUCUUUUGCACGAAACUCAUCAAACCCCGGCCACAUUUCCGGCGACAUCCUCGUGAUCUGGCAUCGUCCUCUCCAAAUACUCUUCCACCCCAGCAUCGAACCCCUACCGCAUCUCGACUACUUUCUCAUAAACCGACCUGUUGCGAUUGGAGAAACCCUUCGACGAGGAAGCCUGCACUUCGAUCUUCAUGCGCGAGGUUCCCGACUAGCCAGCAACAAACAUCUUUAACAUCAAAUCAACGAUGUUCUCUUUCGCAUUUCGCAUUUACCGCGUAUGGUAAAUAUAUAACACGACAUUUCCCUUCGCAGGCUUCGACGAGGAUCUGGGUUCUUUCAACAGCUUCGGGCCACCCUUACUGCCGACUCCACCUUGAAAGCGUCGACGAGGGGAGUGCUCUUCGGUCAAAGAUUGUGGCAAGGACUGAACGAAACCUUGUCGACCGACAUCGAGAUAUGGAGAUGAGAGGCAUUGAUGCGCAUGUAUCCCUGAUUGACAGUCGCAGAUCUUCUGGCUCGAAUGGCGCAAACCAGAAAGAAGACGAUUGUAGUUCUAUGACUUCAAACGUCGUAGGCCUUCACGAACCGCGCCUAGUUCUUGCCAACCAGCCACGUCCUACUUGCCAGGAGAAGUUUGAUAUGGUAUGGAAUGACGAGGUUCAGGACUUCGUACGGAUGGAUGCGAUGAGAAUUGGGAUUCAUGAAAGCUACCGUUCUGAGGUGAAGAAAGAAGGCUACCAUUUCCGACUUCCCAGUCCGUUUCCUGCCUUCAAUACGGAGGAUGGAGCAGACGUCACUCAGGAUCCGAGUCGGACGAGUGGGACUGCGGAACCGAAGGUUGUACCUACGAAAUAUCUUUUCGGCACACAGUUCAUCCUGCAAGCACCCUUGGCCCCGACCAUACAAAGGGUCAUACAAUGUCUUUCGAGAAAAGGACCUUCUGGCUCCAGCUACCCAAGCCCGCGACCACUUCCGCCCUCUGGCUCCAGUUUUAAACAACCCCCUCCCACGCCCAUCGCCAAUGGUGUCAAUGGAAAUAUCAAUGCAUUGGCGUCGCACUUAAGCAAUGGGAGGAGAGAACCACAGAAGCCGGGAGACUUAAGACCAAAUCGGAGUGGGAAAGGACUCGAUGGGCAAAGGGUGCCAAAGACGAUGCCUGCGCCAUAUGUCAAAACGCAGCCAUACGGCUUGAAGAAGUAUUGCAGCAAAUCGCCGUCGCUCGUCAUACAUCUACACCCUACGCACUUCAGGUUCGAUCAGCAAGAUGACAGCUUCUUCUACGGCUCGCCGAUGAAGUUCAUUCUCGAGCACCUGAAGUCUCAGACCGUGCCUCACGAUAUGGUGAAGAAGCUUCAGGCGGCUGUGUCUGUCACCGUCAAUGUCAAAGUUUCUGCGGGAUUCAAGGCCUUGUCAAUAUCAUGA